AUGAACACAAUCAUUGCUGCUCCCACGGGAUCGGGAAAGACGGUCGUUGCUGUGAACAUUAUAAAGUGUCACUUGGAGAAGAACAGGAAUAGUGGCAAAAAACCGAAGGUGCUAUUCAUGACUCCAAAUACUGUAAUUCUCGACCAGCAAGCAGACUGCCUUCGAAAGUUUCUUGAUCAUCGUUAUGAGGUCCAAGCAGUUUGUGGUUCCGACAAUAUCCCUCUUCGGGAGAUCAUUGAUGCGAAAGAUGUCAUUGUAUCGACUCCGCAACUUAUAGUGAAUCUUCUUGUGGAAGAUAGCAUAAAUGAUGGCAUAGAAAACGUAAUUCGUUCAACUUUCGAUGUGACCACAUUCACAAUGAUGGUGUUCGAUGAGUGUCAUAGUGCUGUGAAAAAUUCACCGUAUGCAAUGCUAAUGCGAUUCUACCAUCGUCUGAGCUUUUCACAAAGACUCCCCUCCAAGGCUGCUUUACCACAGAUUAUCGGCUUAACUGCCUCGUUGGGUGUCGGAGGAAAAUCCACUGAGAAAGAUGCAUUAGCUCAUGUUGUGAAGCUGUGCGCAAUGUUGGAUUGUAAGGUAAUCAGCACCGUCCGUAAGAAUGUCGGAGAGCUUAGGAACUUUUCGCCAUUGGUUUUUGAUGAGAUCUGCUUCUGCGAUGGUCAACAUGACAGUGAACGCAUCGAGUUCCUUGAGACAAUUCGCGAAUUGAUGAAAAUAUUCGAGGAUAAACUGCAUUCCAUCCACAGUAAGUAUAAAGCUGUAGCAUCAUAG